AUGGGGGGAGGACCAUUUCAUUGGCAUGCAUACAUCCCAUCACCUACCCAUCCCCUCUCCCACACCAGCUACCCCAUCCCCAUGUACAUAUCCCUCUUUCCCAACAACCAGGAGGAUGAUGAGGAAGAGAGUAGUGAGUCGGUGACCAAGGGGGAGAUGGAGAAGGGUGACGAGGAAGAGGAGAGUACGGAGGAGAAUGGAGGAGAAGAGGAGGAGAGCUUUGAAGAGGGGCAGCGGCCGGAUGAGGGAAUAGAGGAGGAGCAACUGCUAGAGGAGAUAGGGCAGCCUAAGAAGAGGCAAAGGUGGAAGGAGAGGAAGGCGAGGAGGAGACCCCUAGGGCCUCAAUCCAUUCUUCCACCAAGUUUUUCCCCCUCCUUCUUCCUACAGUAUGGGCGCCACCCAAACAUCACGCGCACCACCAUGUCGGAGUUUGAGGCGCGGGAGCUGUCGGAGUUGUCCACAGAGAGGAGGAAGCGGAUGCGGUAG